CACACAUACCCGCUAACUCUCUCACACAGAAACUGUGGCGUUUCUUAAAACCCGAAACGUUUUUCGGUUUCAAAAACCAUAAAAACUUCUCGAAACUUCUCUCUCUCUUUCUCUCUAUAUCUGCUACGCUAUGGCUGAGCACCUCAGCUCCGAAGCUCUUCCCGGGGGAGCGCCGGAGCUUCACCGGAAGGGAGAGGAUUCAGAACGAAACGGAGAAGAAGUAGAAGAAAAAGCCGGAGAGAUAAAGGAGCGAGUCGGUGAAUCGCCGCCGGCCACCGAGUCGCAGUGCGGCGAGUUACAGAGUUCUAAUGAACCUACUACAGAGUCCAAUUUAGAAACCCUAGCUUCUGCCGUUCCCUCUUCGGUUGAAUCCCUUGUUGUGCAGCAUCGGAUUGCCGAUUUGCAGGAGAGUUCUACCAUGCUGAAUUCGUGCGGCAAAGCCGAAAGUAAGGAGACAGUUGGACCUCCUGAAAAGGAAACUAUAGCAAGAGAAGCAGUCCAGGAACCCCCAACUCCAAUAGAAAAUCAGCGUCAGGUGUCUAUGUGUUCAACUCCACUGUCUGAACUAUCACCAACUUCUGUCACACAAUCUUUAUCAUCUGUUCCUAGUCCAACUGCACCAAAACAGAAAAUGUCUCCUCCGAAGGUUAAUGACAUGCAUGUGCCGGAAGUAGUAAAAAAUGUUCCUUCUGGUGGUAAAACCUUAUCUGCUGUUUCUGUUCCAAGGUCAUCAGCAUCUGAUGGAUACAACUGGCGAAAGUAUGGUCAGAAGCAAGUGAAGAGUCCUACAGGUUCUCGAAGCUAUUACAGGUGUACUCAUUCAGACUGUAGUGCUAAGAAAAUUGAAUGCUGUGAUCAUUCAGGUCAUAUGACAGAGAUUGUUUAUAAAAGUGAACACAGUCAUGAUCCCCCCAAGAGGACUCAUUCCAUAAGGGAAAGUAAGUUUGUGUCUUCCAAUGAACCUACUGUAGAAAACAGUGUUCCAGAGAAGCCUAUCAGAGCUCUGCCUAUCAGAGUUCUGCAGGAUUCUGAUCCAUCCAUUUCUUCCAAAGAACCUCUACAAGAAGCACCUUGCUGUGCUGAUAAGAAACGACAAAACUCAUCUAAUAUCAGUGACGAUAGUAAAGUUAUUUUGAAGGAAGAACCUGUAAAUGAGCCAGAGCCAAAACGAAGAAUGAAGAAAGGUGACUUAACGGACUUGGAUUCUGCCGUAAAACCUGGAAAGAAAGCCAAGUUUGUUGUACAUGCAGCAGGCGAUGUGGGGAUAUCAGGUGAUGGAUACCGAUGGCGCAAGUAUGGACAGAAAAUGGUGAAGGGGAAUCCACAUCCCAGAAAUUACUAUAGAUGCACUUCUGCUGGAUGUCCUGUUCGAAAGCAUAUUGAGUCUGCUAUAGAUAACUCAAAUGCUGUCAUCAUAACGUACAAGGGUGUACAUGACCAUGACAUGCCUGUGCCCAAGAAAAGACAUGGCCCACCAAGUGCUCCUCUUGUGGCUGCUGCAGCACCUACCUCCAUGAACAAUUUGCAGUUAAAGAAACCUGACUCACCGCAAAACCAGAAAAUUUCUACUCAAUGGUCAGUGGACACCGAAGGAGAACUAACUGGGGAAGCCUUGGACCUUGGGGGUGAGAAAGCAAUGGAGUCCGCUCGAACGCUUCUGAGCAUAGGUUUUGAAAUUAAGCCUUGCUGAGCUCAUCUUUAAGAAAUUAUGCAGUUGUAACUAUAAAAAUUAAUUGGCAGGUCUCGUGUAAUUUCACUGCUUCACAUGUUAAUCCUUCUUGUUUCUUUGUUUUUCUUCCCCACAGUCUUUUAGUGGGACAAUUAGUGUGUAUUUGCUAGUAUUCAACUUGUCUGAAACAGUUUGCUGGUAGUGGAACGAAUAUAGAAUU